GCAGUGGAGAUGGAAGGUCAAGCUCAAUCUGUAGCUGUGGCUGCAGGUGAGGCUGGCACCAGGGCUGAGGCAAGAGCACAAAUGGGUAUUGGAGAGGAAGGAGUGGUUGGGCCCUGGAAUUGGGAUAACAUGGAUAUUGACAUCAAUGCUUAGACCCAGAGCAGAUGUUUAUUUGAAACUAAGGACAGAGCCUAAGGAAAUGCAAAUGCCAGCACCAACAUUGACUUAAGCAGAGGAGCUAGCACCAGAAAUAGCUUCAGCCACAAUGCUAGUACUAGCUUCAGUGGUAUAUCCAGCCCCAGUGGUGCCUUCAGUGGUGAAGCUGGCAUUACUUUUGGUGGUGCACCCAUUACCAAUGCCAGCUUCAUCAGUGCAGCUAGCAUUAGUUUAGAAGGCACAGCCAACACUAGCUCAAACUUCAGCAGUACAUCCUAUAUUACCUUGAUGGUACACAGAACUAGAACUAGUCUUAGCAGUUAAGCCACAAUUAGUUUUGGUGGCACACCUUAUAUUAGUGCCAGCUUUAGGGAUGGAGUCUGUUCUAACUUCAGUGGUCAACUCAAUACCAGUGCUAGUUUCAGUGGUGGAGCCAGCUCUGGAUUUGGAAGCAUACUCAACACCAUGGCUGACUUUAGUGGUUCACUCAGCACCAGCACCAUGUGUGCCACCAUGAGCAUGGUCUUCAGUGAUGCAGUUAGCACCAGCACUUGUUCUGGAGGUAAACUCAGCACAAGUAUCUGGUACUCUCCCAACACCAGCACUGGUUUUGGUGGUACACUCAGCACCAGCAUCUGCUUUGUUGGUUCUCCUGGAACCAGUGCCAGCUUUGGUGAUGUGCUCAACACCAGUGCUAGUUUUGGUAGUGUUGUUUGCACCAGCACUGUAUUUGGCAGUACACUAACCACUAGUGUCUGCUUUGGUGGCUCUUCCAGUAUCAGUGUUCCCUUUGGCCAUGAACUAAGUACCAGUGCUGGCUUUGGCAGUGCACUUAACACCAGUGCUGAUUUUGGUGGUGCUGUAUGCACCAGCACCAUCUUUGGCAGUACAGUAAGCACCAGUAUCUACUUUAGUAUCUCUCCCAGCAUUAGUGUCAGCUUUGAUGGAGCACUCAACACCAGUGCCACCUUUGGCAGUGCACUCAACACCAAUGCCAGUUUUAGCGGUGCCAUAAGCACCAGUACUUAGCUUCAAAUCUGCUUUACUAGUUCUCCCAACAUUAGUGCAAGUUUUGAUGGAGUGUUCAAUACCAGUGCCACCUUUGGCAGUGCACUCAACACCAAUGACAGUUUUAAUGGUGCUAUAAGCACCAGGAUUGGCUUCAGUGAUGCACCCAGCACCAACCCUGGCUUUGGAGGUGCAUUCAGCACCAGUGAUGGCUUUGGGGGGGCACUUAGUACCAGUAAUGACUUCAGUGGUACUCCUAGAAACAGUAUUGGUUUUGAUGUUGCUCCCAGCACCACUGUCAACUUUGAUGGAGCUCCCAGAACCAGCCUCUGCUUUGGCAGCACAUCUAACACCAACCUACACUUUAAUGGAACUUCUGGCACCAGUUACUGCUUUAGUGGUACUACCAGCGCCAGUUUUUGUGAUGGACCCACACCAGUGCCCGGUUUCAAUUUUGGCAAUGGUGCCAGCACCGGUGCUGGAUUUGGUGGUGGACUAAGGACUAGCACUGGCUUCAUUGGUGGACUAGACACCAGUGCCAUCUAUGGCAUCAGUGUUGGCUUUAGUGGCAGACUGGUCACCAGUGAUGGCUUUGGUGGUGGACUGGGAACUAAUGAUUAUUUUGGAAGCACACUUGGCACCAGUGCUGGCUUUGGUGGUGGCCUCAGCACUAGUGAUAGGUUUGGCAGUGGGCCUAAUACUGGCUUUGACAGAGGACUGAGUACCAUCACUGGCUUUGGCAGUGGUUCCAACACGAGCAAUGGCUUCACUGGCAAACCCAACACCACCACCAGUUUCAGUAGUGGACCCAGUUAUAUUUUUGGCUUCAGUGGUGGACCCAGCACUGGUGGCUUCAUCAGAGAACUGAGCACUGGAACUGUCUUCAUCAGUGAACCAAACACCAGUGUUUGUUUUGGCAGUAGACUGAGCACUGUUUCUGGCUUCAGUGGUGUAUUGAGCACUGUUGCUAGCUUUGGUGAUGAAGCCAUCAGCCUUGGUGCCUAUGGCUUCUCCUAUGUCUAG